AUGAUAAAUGGUACCCCGGUCUAUAUGUACCAAGACUGCAGUGUGCUUUCCGAGGGUGACACUGAUCACUGGCUUCGCACCAACUGGAUUUAUCGGGGUGAGGCAGCUUCUCGCAUUUAUGUGGAGCUAAAGUUUACUGUGAGGGACUGCAAGAGCUUCAAAGGUGAAGUGGUGACCUGCAAGGAGACCUUCAAUCUCUAUUACAUGGAGUCUGAACAAGAUGUGGGGAUCCAGUUCCGCCGUCCGUUGUUCAUCAAGCUGAACACUGUGGCAGCAGAUCGAAGUUUCACAAGCAGAGACAUCGAAUCGGGUGCUAUGCAGCUGAACACAGAAGUGUGCCCCAUUGGGAAGCUGUCUCGCCGGGGCUUCUACUUGGCUUUCCAGAAUUCUGGGGCUUGCGUAGCGAUGGUGUCUGUCCGAGUGUAUUACAAGACUUGCCCAGAGGCAGUGCGGGGCCUGGCCCGUUUUCCAGAGACGCUAGCAGGUUCAGAAGGGCUGACAGAAGUGCCCGGAGUCUGCGUGGAGCAUGCAGCUGAAGAAGCGGGCUCUCCCCCCAGGAUGCACUGCAGCACUGACGGGGAGUGGCUGGUACCCAUGGGCCGAUGCCUUUGUGCUGUGGGGUUUGAGGAAGUCGAUGGGAGCUGCGUAG